AUGGAAGGUUUAGAUCAGUCUGUCCGGUGCAUCAUGCAGACAGGAGCUCACCUGCUUCUCUGUCUCAUCCUGCACUAUAUGGAAGCUGCAGAGGCGUCACAGUGCUGGCAGGGUGCGACCUACUCAGAGGCUGUGGUCUCCCCGGCCCUGAGGAGCAGCAAUAUCUUGCGGGUGCCAGACGUGUCAUCUCUGGCGCAGUGUUCCGGGGCGUGUUGUGAUGUGCCCGGUUGUAACCUGGCCUGGCUGUUUGAGCAUCGCUGCUACAUCCUCAGCUGCCAGCAGAGGGAGAACUGUCAGCCCAGAGAGAGACCUGGAGCUGAUUCCUAUAUGGCCUUCCUGCAGAGAGGACCCCCCCAUUCCCUGCUGCUCCAGUCUCUGGUCAGGGGGGAGCCCUACCCCAGUCGCUGGAGGCCCCGCCCCUCUGGGGACGUGGAGGCCCUGAAGGACCUAGCCCUGUUAGAUGGGCCCCAGACGGAUUUUGGUGACCCAGGUGGGAUGGAUUUGGAAUACCCUGAGAGUGAACUUGGCCAUGAGGAUAACGGUGGGGAUCUUCCAGAUUGGCCUGCAGCAUUGGAAGGGAGGGAUGGUUUCAACCUAUCGGAAAGUGAAGGCAGGUUAGAGGGGCUGAGAUUUGCAACAGAAGGGGCUGAGGGUAGCCUGCCCAGUCCUUCCACUGGGGCGACAGUCAACCAGGGGGAACCCCCCGGUGACCCCACGUCUGGCGAUACACCUGAAAACAAGAAAGAUAGUGAACUACAGAACACAUCCUUGGCCAGCUCAGGGCCAACAUUCACGCCCAAACCACAGAAUGACAGUGUUCACUCCUCCCAACCGAGCCAAAUAAGGACUUCCCAUCCUACUAAAGCCCCAUCUCAUCUGUCCAGUACUGUACCCCUGACCACAUCCACACAGACAGAGCUAACGUUGCCCAGGGACACAGUGGAGCUGGUAGCCUCCGUUGGCCCAGAGCCCCAAACUGCGGCGAGAAGGAACCACACCCCCAAAGCCGUCACCCUCCCAGUAACCCAGGUCGUGUCACUUCCUGCCAGCUCAACCAUCAUCAACGGCAGCCAGAGUUCUGAUGAUGGAGUGAUCAUCAGCCAUCACUGGGAGCAGGUUGGAGGUCCAUCCAUAGAGCUUGGAGCUUUCUCGGACACACAGAUUCUCAACCUAUCCAACCUUGCCCCUGGGGAGUACACGUUCAGGUUGACCAUUACAGAUUCUGCCGGGUUGUCAGACUCCACCACGGCUACAGUGAAGGUUAUUCAGCCAGUGGAGAAUGACCGACUGCUCUACCCCAGCCAUGACACCCUCACUCCCACCUCCAGCCCUGGCCUUGCUGCUACCCUGGCCCACAGACAGGGUGACCCUACUGCAGCCACCUCCUCUGUCACUACCGCUGCCACUCAGAUGACAGAGAACAAAAGCACCCCCAUAGCUGAGGUCAAGGAGUCAAACGGAGCCCCUGUGGCUGUAGUAGGUCCUAACAGGCAGCUGACCCUCCCAGUGACCAGCGUUACCCUGGACGGAAGCAGCAGCACUGAUGACCACGCCAUCACUAGCUACCACUGGGACACCAUCAGAGGUCCUCCAGGGUCAAGGACAGAGGGUGUGGACAAGCCUGUAGCCAUAGUAACGGACCUCAGAGCGGGCCGCUACUCAUUUAGUCUGACUGUGAGUGACCAGGAAGGGCUGACAGACAGUGCCUUUCUCACAGUCAGGGUUCAAGAGGCCAGAAGCCUUCCCCCUGUAGCACAUGCCAGCGGCAGCCAUACCCUCACCCUGCCCAACAACUCCCUGGUGCUCAGAGGCUCAGUGACGGAUGGUGACCCAGCCGAGGUGCACUUCCUCUGGGUCCGGGACAGUCAGAGCCCUGCUGCUGGGGACGUGCUGUAUGGUUCAGAGCAGCAGGCCUUCUUGUGCCUGGCCAACUUGGUGGAGGGCACCUAUCUGUUCCAGCUGCAUGUCACAGACACCCAGGGACGCAGCAGCACCGCCACAGCCACCGUGGAAGUGCGGCCAGACCCUGGGGGUCGUGAGGAGGUGGAGGUGGAGAUGUUGGUGGCGCUGGCCCAGGUGAGUGUGUCACAGAAGGACACAGUGCUCAGACAGUUGGCAGCACUGCUCCACGUCCUGGACAAUGACAUCCACCUCAGGGGCCUAUGGGGACACUCAGAUCUCAGCACAGUGCUGAGGUUCUCAGUGCAGGGUCCUGAGAGGCCAGUGCCUGGUCCUAAACUGGCCAGUGUGCUGCGUGGUCAGCUGCUGAGGGAGAAGACUGACUACCUGCUCUUCAGAGUCCUUCGAGUGGAUACAGUCAUGUGCUUGCUCCGCUGCUCGGGCCGUGGGACGUGUGACCCAAUCACCAAGGAGUGUGUCUGUGACCCCUUUUGGACGGAGAACGUCAUUCGCAGGUUCUUUGGCGAUGGAGAGAGCAACUGUGAGUGGCGGGUUCUCUACUUCAUCCUGUCCUUCUUCAUGGUCAUUGUCUUCAUCGUGACAGUCACCUGGGCGUGUGUGUACUGCUGCAAAAGGAGGAGUCGCACUAAGGUGAGGAAGAAAACCAAGUACACUAUACUGGACAACAUGGACGAACAGGAGAAAAUGGAGCUAAGGCCCAAAUACAACAUCAAACACAGGAGCACGGAGCACAACUCCAGCCUCAUGAUGUCUGAGUCAGAGCUGGACAGUGACCAGGACACCAUCUUCAGCCGAGACCGACCGGUCCGGAGCAGAAACCGGACCAAUGCUCAGGCUGCCCGCAACGGGAACACCUUCGGAUGA